ACUGUCUGUUCAACCUUGGCAGAGAAUCUUCAUUUUUAGGCAAUAGGCUUAUGCUAAUACUUCUAGCCUAUUCCUGUCAAGCACGAUUUGUAGGCUAUUUGGUUGCAUUUUCCUGAGUAUAAAAAGGAUGUUAGAUAGGGAUUGGUAGUGAAUUAGUUCAAACCACAGUUUGAACAAUGCUCAAGUUUUUUCCACUUGUUGAGUGAUUAGCCUAAUUUAAUACGCAGCAGAGGAUAGUAGUAUUCCAGAAAUAUUGUGUUUUGGAACACCGUACUAGGCUAAUUCACAGGUCUGUUAUACCCAGCAUUUAGCUGGAAUCGUACUUCCCUGUCUGUCCGUGCUGAAACUUCCUUGACCUAACAGGUUCUCCCGUAAAAAGAUAAAAAGCAGUAACCCCAGGUGUAUGUGUGAGAGAGGGAGAAAGUCUACAGCUAUGAGUAAUCCUUUUGCACACAUAGUUGAGGCUCUGGACCCAAACAUCCCCGACCACAAGUUCUACAACCUCUCAAAGCUUGGAGACCCCAGAUAUGACCGCCUGCCAUUCUCCAUCCGUGUGCUGCUUGAGUCGGCUGUGAGGAACUGUGAUGGGUUCCUGGUGAAGCGGUCAGACGUGGAGAGCAUCCUGAACUGGAAGCAGACCCAGACUCAAAGCGUAGAGGUGCCAUUCAGACCUGCCAGGGUCAUCCUGCAGGAUUUCACUGGAGUGCCUGCAGUAGUGGACUUUGCUGCGAUGCGCGACGCUGUGAAGAAGCUGGGUGGAGAUCCAGAGAAGAUCAACCCAGUAUGUCCAGCGGACCUUGUCAUUGAUCAUUCCAUCCAGGUGGACUUCAACAGGAAGUCUGACAGCCUCCAGAAAAACCAGGACUUGGAGUUUGACAGAAACAGAGAGCGAUUUGAGUUCUUAAAGUGGGGCUCCAAAGCAUUCCAGAACAUGCGUAUCAUUCCCCCCGGUUCGGGGAUAGUGCACCAGGUCAACCUGGAGUACCUGGCCAGGGUGGUGUUUGACCAGGACGGCUACUACUACCCUGACAGUCUGGUGGGCACCGACUCCCACACCACCAUGAUUGACGGCCUGGGCGUGCUGGGCUGGGGUGUGGGCGGGAUCGAGGCGGAGGCCGUCAUGCUGGGCCAGCCAAUCAGCAUGGUGCUCCCCGAAGUCAUCGGCUACAGGCUACAGGGCACCCCCAACAAGUUCAUCACCUCAACCGACAUCGUCCUCACCGUCACUAAGCACCUGCGCCAGGUCGGCGUCGUGGGGAAGUUUGUGGAGUUCUUCGGGCCAGGUGUGGCACAGCUAUCCAUAGCCGAUCGAGCCACCAUCGCCAACAUGUGCCCAGAGUACGGCGCUACUGCAGCUUUUUUCCCUGUAGACCACAUCAGUCUUCAGUACCUGGAGCAGACAGGGAGAGAUGCUGAGAAGCUGGAUUACAUCACCAGGUAUCUGAAAGCAGUAGCCAUGUUCAGAGACUACAGCAACUCCUCCCAGGACCCUGACUUCACCCAGGUGCAUGAGCUGGACCUGAGCACCGUGGUUCCGUGCUGCAGUGGUCCCAAGAGGCCUCAGGACAGGGUGGCUGUGUCGGACAUGAAGACUGACUUUGAGGCAUGCCUGGCAGCUAAGCAAGGCUUCAAGGGUUUCCAGGUGACUCCGGAGCUUCACCACGUGAAGGUUCCAUUCCAAUACAAUGACAAGGAGUACAGCCUCUCCCACGGCUCAGUGGUCAUUGCUGCCAUCACCAGCUGUACCAACACCAGCAACCCCUCUGUUAUGCUGGGGGCUGGUCUCCUGGCGAAGAAGGCCAUCGAGGCUGGUCUGAGCAUGAAGCCCUACAUCAAGACCAGCCUGUCGCCCGGCAGCGGAGUGGUCACCUACUACCUAAAGGAGAGUGGCGUCAUGGACUACCUCUUCCAGCUCGGGUUUGAAGUGGUGGGUUAUGGCUGCAUGACAUGUAUAGGUAACAGUGGGCCCCUCCCAGAGCCUGUGGUGGAGGCCAUUACUCAGGGAGAUCUAGUAGCCGCUGGGAUCCUAUCAGGUAACAGGAACUUUGAGGGGCGUGUCCACCCCAACACACGAGCCAAUUACCUAGCCUCUCCCCCGCUGGUCAUUGCCUACGCUAUCGCCGGAACCGUGAGGAUUGACUUUGAUACAGAGCCCAUUGCUCUGAACAACAAAGGGAAGGAGGUUUUCCUCAGGGACAUCUGGCCCACACGGGAGGAGAUCCAGGCUGUGGAGAGACAGUUUGUCAUUCCUGCUAUGUUCAAAGAGGUUUAUGAGAAGAUUGAGAAAGUGAAUGAACGCUGGAACGCCCUCAACGCCCCCUCAGACAAGCUGUACACCUGGGACCCCAAGUCCACCUACAUCAAGUCCCCACCCUUCUUCGAUGGACUGACCAAGGAACUACAGACCCCCAAGUCCAUAACUAACGCCUACGUGCUGCUGAACUUCGGUGACUCUGUGACCACAGACCACAUCUCUCCUGCUGGGAACAUCGCCCGAACCAGUCCUGCAGCACGGUACCUGACCAGCAGAGGUUUAAACCCACGUGACUUCAACUCGUACGGAUCACGGCGUGGUAACGAUGCUGUGAUGGCCCGGGGCACGUUCGCCAACAUCCGUCUCUUCAACAAGUUCCUGAACAAGCAGGCUCCGCGCACCCUGCACUUACCUUCUGAUGAAACGCUGGAUGUGUUUGAUGCUGCUGAGCGCUACCAGCAGGCUGGCCUCCCCCUCAUGAUCCUGGCUGGGAAGGAGUAUGGAUCGGGCAGCUCGAGAGACUGGGCCGCUAAAGGUCCCUUCCUCCUGGGAAUCAAGGCGGUGCUGGCAGAGAGCUAUGAGCGAAUCCACCGCAGUAACCUGGUGGGCAUGGGGGUGAUUCCUCUGGAGUACCUGGCUGGGGACACAGCAGACAGCCUGGGGCUGACAGGACGUGAGCGCUACACCGUGGUCAUCCCUGAGCCACUCACACCCAGGAUGAUUGUUGACAUUAAGCUCGACACGGGCAAAACAUUCCAGGUGAGGAUGAGGUUUGACACGGACGUGGAGCUGACGUACUUCCACAACGGAGGCAUCCUGAACUACAUGAUCCGCAAGAUGUCUGAGAACUAGAGAGCACGCCGUUGGGACCAAGUCACGCUGAACACGAAAAUCUUCUGUGUAGAUGGCGAUACAGAACGUGUUGAGUCUCCCUCUCUGUUUCUGUUCGAUUUUAACAUUUGGUUUACAUAAUCUUAUGUGUUUUUAGUGCAUUAAUUGGUUCCAUACUUGAUCCGUUGCAGGUCGGAAUGAUGGAAUGAGUCAAAGUACCCCACAACACAUUUAACACUGGUAUGAUGUACACCUGGGUUCAAAUAGUCUUUGCUUUUUUAAUCAAGCCCAGCUAAAGUGUUUGAAAACAAAUAUUUUAACACAGGUCUCGUAUGAUGUAACCACCCUACCUCUUUGUUGCCAAACCAGUGGUUCACCCACCCUCAUCCCUCCCACCGUCCAUGCUAACAUUAGCUAGCCAUGCACACAAACCUAGUCGGCUGUCAUGUCCAGUUGUUACCAUCGUUGGUUCAAAGCUGCCAGUCAUGGUCAUCUGUUCCGACCAGGGUUGUAUUUGUUGAUUUCAUGUCUUAUUAUAAACUGCUGCUGUGGUGAAGCAGACAUAGGCUGCUUCUGAAAUGGAGCCCUAUUCCCUUCAUAGUUCACUACUUGUGACCAAAAUGUGUGCACUGUAUAGGGAAUAAGGUGUUAAACCCAGACACUGUAAUAGGUUGGCUUCGACUCCUGACAACGAGGGUGUUGUCUUUGUAUUAUGAAAAAGAGACCAGCAUAGUUUAUUAGAAUGCAAUUAGAGUACCUAAGUUGAAUUGCCUUAAAUGGUGAAGUUGACAUUAACCCUCGCCUUUUAUGAGAGGAACAGUAUAUUGUGCGUAUGCCUCGUCUCUUAAAUCCAGCCUCUGUUUUUACUAGAUCACAAAUUUCAGUCUUGUUUGUUUCACAAAUCCACUUUUCUUUCUUAACCUGUUGAUGUUGGCAAUAGGACUUAUGAUUUUGUCACAGUGGGUGGUUGCAACAUUUUAGUACGUUUCCAGAAAUCUCUGUUAGAAUCCACCAACCAGAAUUGUGCAACCCUAUUGGUGAGUGUGGCUGGACUUAAUUCCCAGUUGCCGGUGUGACAGGGAGGCUAGUAAAUCAAAUUAAUAUAAUCAUGAAUUCCAAACUGCAUGAAGUUUCUUAGCUGAAGCGAGAAUUCAUAUUUUCUCUAAGCACUUGGGGUUUAAUGGACCAAAUAGUUUCUAUCAAUAAGAAUGAAGUCCUACUUUGAGAUUCUUUUCAGAAGGUACUUGUUUGUGGUAUGGAUAAAAUGUAUAUUUUUCCCCCCAAGGUUAGCAGAAGGAGUCUGCUACAAGGCCACACCGGGGCUAGUGGUAGUCUUCGUCCUUCCUGUUUUUCUUUCCGCAAAUAACUGGACAUAUCCACCAUAUUGCAGAGUAAGACUACAUUUGUCAAAUUUAAUACACAUUCAUUUGACUUUAGACAGGAAUGUUUUCGAAAAAAAGGAGAGCUGCACAUUAGAACCUCAGAUGCAAGAAGUGAAUAACCACGUUUCGACAGACAAGCUGUCUUCAUCAAAGUAUAUUCUCCGCUAGCCAGCACCUCGCCUAAACAGGUGUGCGGUUCUUUUGCCUCUAAUAAACUUUAACUUCUACAUAA